GUGGCAAAAUCUAAAACGCGAACAAAUUGGUCCUGAUUUGUUGUGUCUUUGUGUUUUCCCGUAGCCGAAAACCAAUUUUCUUUCUCCUUCUCCUCCUUGUUCUAAGACUUCUAACUAACCCUUCAAUUUCACCCUUUUCAUUCGAUCCUAAAUCUUCACUGUUUUUCCUUCAAUAUGAAUCCAAAUUCUCACCAAAUUAUCGGUUUUUCUUUUCUGUUCCUCCUGAACACUCCUUAAUUCGUUGCAGCCGCUGAAGCUUCCAUUAAUUUUCAUUUAUUGAAUUAGGGUUUUUUCGGCCAAUAUCGUUUUUGGUUGUGAAAGGUGGUAUUUUUGUCACAAAUGCGCUGGAAUUUUCCAUUUAAAUAAAUAAUAUGGGUGGAAUGUUGGUUAUUGGAAGAGAAGAGAUCAUUUUAGGAAUAUGGUGUUAUGAGAUACGUAUCUUAAGAGGAAUUGAACAUCCAAUAAAUGAUAUAUUUAUUUGAAAUGAAAAAAUAAGAAAGGGUUUUAGAGUUGCCAAUAUUGAACACAAAUGGGGAAAAACCAUCUACGUGAUUUGCUCAUAUGCAAUGAAGACCGAAAUUUGCAUGAGUUAGAAGAGUGGAAGGUUGCAACUUUGAGGAUUGUAUUAGAGGAAGAGGUGGGCCGAAAAUGACUUGCUUAACAAGAGUGAAGAAUUGCAUGGAGUAUUCUGAUAUAUGCCAAUUGAUAAGAAUGUAAAGAAUUAAAUUUUGGUGAAGGAAAGUAUAUGUAUAUGAUUGUUGGAAUUAAUUUUAUUAUCUAUAGCUUAGUAUUAGUGAGGGCCGAUUUAUAAAAGUUCUAUUGUUUUGCUUUUAAAAAUGUUUUUAGGCAAUCUGUUUCUACACUUAGAGUUCGUUAGAUUUUUGGAUAUUUUUCAAGAUGGAACCAUGUUUAAGUCGAUGGACUUUGUACGAACAUAGGUGGGGGUUACGGUAUUGGUAACUUUGUGAUGGUUAUGAAAUAUGAAUUGAACUUCUUACUUACCUAAAAUAAAAGCCUCAUUUACUUGUGCGUCAAUUUUAUUCAUAUCAGUGAUUGUUAGUCAUCACACUCAUAUCCCAAGGAACGACCUAGUUCAUUUGUAUCUUGGUGCUCUUUGACAGUUGAUUUUAUAUGUUGAGAAUUGUAGAACCCAUAAACCUGUGAUAGACGCAUGUAUUGCACGAGAAUUUCUGGUAACCAUGGUUGGAAUUCUAUAAUCAUUAAUUGGAUGAUGAUGUGUCUCCUUCCCAAAUUUUUUGCCAUCUGUCUGUAAAAUGUUCUAUAUACGCUGAAGUGCUUAAAAUGAGCCAUAUGUAUAUGCGAUACAACAAGUCGUUCCAAUGAUCCAGACUUCUUUCCUUGAGAGUUUUAAGUAAAUUUUGUACUCAGCUGAUAACAGGUCGGUAGAUGAUUUGAUUGAUGCUGAUGGUUGUGUUUCGCUUUUCAGAAUGAAACACCUUUUCUUUCAUUUUCUUUUUUGGCUUGUCGGAAGAAUGUUUUGUUGGCUAGCUGGUGUACUUUUCUUGGCGAUACUUAUGUUUUAGAGAAUGUUUUGGGUAUAUGUGGCUAUGAGGAUUCUACUGGAGGCAAGGCCAUGUCAUAACAAUUGGUGCUUGGUUCAUCUUGGCAUAACUGUGUUUGUGCAUCCAUUACAGGAAGUUUUGCAAACAUUCUGAUCCUGAAACCUCUGAAAGAUCAUGCCAAGAGAAUUGCAGGGUUAACUUCCACAAGUAGCACAAGAAAUGGAUGGUCGCUAUGGUCUUCAGCAUGGAUGGGAAAAUAACAGCGUAAUUGUGGUUUCCUUUUUAAUCACCUAUAUGGGAUAUGGGAUGAUAGUACAAGAAUUAGGGUUCAUGUGAUUGUCCAUUUUUUCUGGCAUCUCAUCCUUGAAAGAGCAAUGAGAGAGAGCCUAGGACAUUGAGGAUAUGGAAUGAUUUCCCUGUCUUAUACCAUGACUGUUUCUUGCUGACAUAACUUGUUCUCUUCACUCCACAGGCAUUGGAGGCAUUUGGUGCUGCUCACGAGUCAAGUUAUCGGUGAGUGUUCAUCUGAUGCUUGUAAUGUGCACACCAAGUAUUUUCUUACGACUGGUUGGACUGUGUAUGGGUGUCUUUGUCCGAAUCUGUCACAUUUUUGCUUAAUCUUUCUUUAUCUGCUACUGCUUUAUUCUACAUGUGAGUCAAUAUUGCAUUGUUAAUGUCUUUUGCUCUCAUGGAUUCGUAUGGAACAAAUUGAAGGGUUAUUCCUAGAUUAGAUAUUGAUUUAGUAUGUGCUUAUAUUUUGAGUUGUCCCAUAGCAUUUCAUUUUUUAAUAAAGCAUGUUUUUAGGACGUACGCAUUCUUUUAAGUUUCCUUAAUUUGUAUGGAAAUUGGUCGAUAUUGUUGUAUGUUAUAUGAAGAAUUGUUUCUUAUACUUAAAGGAAGUGUAUCUUUCCCUUAUUUUGGCCCCACAAUAUGUAUUCUUGUCAUGGCUGGCAGUGCCUAUAGUGACAGGAGGUAUAUAGAUGAAAGAUUUCCUCGGGAUAACACAUACACUAGGAGUACAUUCCACGAGAGGGACAAUUAUGCAGUCCCUCCACCUGUUGGUCUAUGGUCGCAAGAAAGGCGGAGAGGUUAUGAAGAAUUUCCCCUUGAAAGAGAGCCUAGAAGACAUGACAAGUCAUUCCUCGAACCAUAUCGUGAGAUAGAUACUUACCGUGAUGGACACAGGGGUGGAGGAUAUGGCAUGCGUGAUCGUGAUGAUUAUGCUUUUGAUGACUAUGAUUAUAGGCACCGCAGAGAUGAUAGUCGUGAGAGGGAUUAUGAAUACGGCAGGAAUAGUCAUGAUUCCGAUUAUGAUAGAAGCAGAAGGGAUGGAAGUUUGAGACGACGUGAUUCACGUGAAAGAGAUCGUGAUAGGAGGGAUUUGAGCCAUGAAAGAGAAUUGAGUCCAUAUAGAAGGCAUUCACGCUCCCGCUCUCGGUCUCGUGGUCGUCACGAUCGUUCAAAAUCAAGGUCUCCCCGAUGCCGUAGUCGUGGUCGUAGUCAUCAUGAGGACACUUAUGAUGAUCAUUAUGAUAGGAAUGACAGACGUAGAGAUCGUGAUGAAAAACGUCAUGAUCAAUAUUCUUCUACGCCAUCUGCUACUGUGGUUGUAAAGGGUCUCUCACCGAAGACUACUGAAGAAGAUUUAUAUCAAAUUCUUGCUGAGUGGGGGCCUCUACGCCAUGUUCGAGUCAUCAAGGAGCGGAAUUCUGGCAUUUCUCGUGGUUUUGCCUUUAUUGAUUUUCCAUCAGUGGAUGCAGCACAGGCAAUGAUGGAUAAAGUAGGAUUGGAUGGCUUUGUGGUAGACGGAAAAAAUCUUCUAUUCGAGUAUAGUAGCAAGCCAACUGGAAGUUCAGGAGGGCCACCUUACGGACAAGAUGGUCCGAGAUCCUCUCAUGCCAGUCACAGAAGCACCAUAGUACCCUCUGAUUGGAUGUGCACUAUCUGUGGGUGCGUCAAUUUUGCUCGUCGAAUAUCAUGCUUUCAGUGUAAUGAGAGCCGAACUGAUGAUGCUCCACCUGCUGACAUGUCUUCAUCAAACCCUGCGCCAUUAGGUAGAAAGGGAGCCGAAGCAGGACCAACCCAUGUUUUGGUUGUACGCGGAUUGGAUGAGAAUGCUGAUGAGGAAAUGAUUCGUUAUGAGUUUUCUAAACAUGCUGCAAUCAAGGAUCUUCGUCUUGUUAGAGACAAAUUUACCCAUGUUUCAAGAGGAUUUGCAUUUGUUCAUUUCUACUCGGUGGAGGAUGCCACCAAAGCCCUUGAAGCGACAAAUGGAACAAAUCUAGAGAGAAAUGGUCAGAUUCUACGUGUUGCAUAUGCAAAAAGCAUACUUGGUCCUGGAUCUGGGUCUUCAGGGCCUUCACAAUCCAGCAGCCUAGCUGCCGCUGCAAUUGAGGCAGCAACAUUUGCUCAACAGUAUGAUGCUGUUGGUUGGGCACCUAAGGAAUAUAAUCCAAAUGACAUACAAACAAGUGGCAACCAGGAGCAAGGCGCUGAAGUUGCUAGUCAAAAGGAAGGUUCUGCUCCUCAAUCUGGAUUUGUGUGGGAUGAGGCAUCAGGCUAUUACUAUGAUGCUGCCUCUGGUUUCUACUAUGAUCCAAAUACAGGUCUCUAUUAUGAUGGCAACAAUGGGAUAUGGUACUCAUUUGACAACCAGACUCAGCAGUAUGUCCCUUGUGUUCAAAAUGCUGACAAGACAUUAGAAAAAGAAUCUGAAGCUCCCAAGACAGAUACUACAACUACUAGGAAAGUAGUGAUCUCUGCUCCUGCAGCUACAAUAACAUCGAGUGAGAAACCUGCCUCUCUACCUGAUGCUGUCCAGGCAGCUGCCACAGCUGCGUUAGCUGCUGAAAAGAAAGAGAAAGAAAAAUCCAAAGAAAUAAAACUCGCUUCCAAGAGCAGCAUUUUAGCCAACAAAAAGAAAAUGAAUAAUGUUUUGUCUAUGUGGAAGCAGAGGAGUCAUGAAGGGCAAACACCCCGUGUGGCGCUGGAUGAUGGUCAAUUGAAUGUUACUGAUGAUCGUCAGAACUCCAUCCCUACAUCCUUGAAAUUGAAAGCAGUGGGUUUGAAGGAGAACACUAAUGGUAAUACGGGGCUCCUUUCAACUACGACAUCAGUUACUCAGACCACAGUCUUGGAAUCUGAUGUCAAGCCUCGCCCUGUGAGCAAUAGUUCUGGAGGAACUUUAAUGGGAGUAAUUAGAGGAUCUGGAAGAGGAGUUGUAAAAUCUGAUACUGUGUAUCCUGGAACAGCAAUGUGCGUAUCUACUCCGUCAUCAUCUUCUGGGUCAACUGCUGUGGCUGUGACACCUUCAGAUACACUGGGAGCAGCAACUUCAUUCAAAACUGAUGUUUCUGCUCUUGGCAAUCAUACAGCACCUGCAGCUUCUGCAAGUGGAAGGAGAAGGUUUUCUGAGACACCUUUGCAGUCCACUUAUGCUCAAAGAGAGCAAAAUCAGACAUCAUAUCGGGAUCGUGCUGCUGAGAGGCGUAGGAUGUAUGGGUCAUCAGUAUCUUACAAUGAUGAUGACCAGGAUUCCGGAGAUCCAAGUAAGGAGUUCUUUUAAUGUUGAUUGAUAUUUCUGUUGCAUCAAUGAUUUAGAAUUUUAUUCAGAAGACUAGAGAAAAUUACGGCUUCUAGAAAGGUACCAUUGUUAAAAUUAGUUCUAUUGCAGUAUAUGCUUCAGGAGGAGGAUUAGGAUAGCGAUAGACAUAGUGAAACAGAACCUGCUUAUAGUUGACGUCUUUGAAAAUUUAACAAAAUGGUCUACGUAACAUUUGUGCUAACUAGUGAGGAUUGGGAAGCAAUUGCCUAAGUGCUGCUGUCAGCUUUCUAAUUUGUUAUAUGUAAGAGUGGUUGAGGUCACACAUAAAAUCAUCCUGCGUUGAAAAACCGUUUCAUUCGUGAAUUUAGCUUAUGUACUUCUUUUGCAUUAAUCUAUGGAAAUUUGUGUUUACUUAUGAAUUGGCAUGAUCAAGAUGUGGGGUUCCGAAAGGGUGCAUCAGAUUUAGGUUCUAUGCCGUUUCCACCAGGCGUUGGUAGCCGUGGGACAAUUGACAGCAACGUUCAGAACUAUGAUGUAAUUACACCAGAGAAAGCCAUUGAUGAGAGCAACGUUGGUAAUAGGAUGCUACGCAACAUGGGCUGGACUGAGGGAUUGGUAUUUUUUCUUUCCUUGCCUUUAUUAAUUCUAAAACUUUUGUUUAUCACUCUCCUUUACAUCCAGUAUUCAUCAAACUCUGUAUUUGCAACAUGUAAUUAAUGUUCAGCUGCAAAAUAUCUUGUAAUUGUCAACUAUAAUUUGGUUUUUACGAGGAUGCUUUGGUGGUCAGCCUUUUGUUGAAUGAAUUCCGAAUGCUGAUGUACUGACACUGUUGUGGGUAUUGGUUGUCUUGUUCUUGUUUUUGUCUGUUGUCACUAUAUGCAGGGCCUUGGGAAGGAUGGUAGUGGGAUGGUGGAGCCUGUUCAGGCACAGUCUUUCGACACAAGGGCAGGUUUGGGAAGUCAACAGAAAAAGGUAGACCCAAGUCUAGAAGUGCACCCAGGAGAUAGUUACAAAACUUUAAUUCAAAAGAAAGCUCUUCAAAGAUUUCGUGAGAUGUCUUGAAUCAUGAAAAAAGGCGAAGAACACUGCAUUUUUGAAGGUUGAACAUGGAAGGAUGUUUACAUUUGAAUAUGGACGCCAUGGCAUUGCGCUUGCGCCCGGACUUCCUUUAGUCGUGAGAAAUGGAUUUGUGUAUAGAACUAAGACAAAUUGUUUUGGUACUUUGCAAUAAAGCGGUGUCAAGUAGUUUUGUUCUUCGCAUUCUAGUUGCUUUGGAGACAUAGGUAGAGAUUAUUGUUCCCUUUUAUGCUUUAAUUUAUUCCUUUUUGAACUUUAUAAAAAGUAUAAUCUUUGUUA